AGGAAAAUCGGAGAUGUUGCCCAAGGUCUCACCUGGUUGGCUGCCCUACAUGUGGGAAGAGCGGGAAAGAAAGAUGAGAUGGGAGAUGGAGAGAAGAUAGAAGCGUGCUGUUUGCAGCUUCUCCACUUGGAGCCCAGGUGGAUGACCAGCAAAGCUGUGCAGCACACGACAAACAGGUGACUCAGAAUUUGGAACAAAGACGCAUCUUUCUGCUCACGACAUCUUCAUCGCUAGCAGGAAGUGGCCACAGUGGCUACAACGAACAUCGGCACGCAGCCAGUAGCCAGCGGGACCCGCACACUGUCGGCUGGGUACACGAUCGACAUCGCCGCCGGUUGCGUAACCAAUUACCAUUGAAGGGUUAGCGCCCUGGUUUAAGGAGCAAGCAAGCAGGCACGCAAGCAACGGGGUUCGCCCUUCAGAGAAAGCGAAGAAGAAGAAGACAGCGGUUCUCGCUUGCGAAGCUGAGUGUUUUUUGGAUUCACACGAAAACCAGCGCAUCAGCGAGGGAUGCGAGUCGGCCGUGCAGCCAGGCCUCGUGGCUGCCGCGGGGGCGCCGCGGCUGUUCGCGAGCAGCAGCCGUCUCUGCGCACGAGGCUGGUGUACACGCUGGCGUUCCUCGUGAACUCGGCCGUUCUGGCCGCGCUGCUGUGGACGCUGGCCCCGCGCCAGCAGCCGCCCGCCCAUGAAGAACACACGGAGAAGGCACUGGACAGCUCGGGCUACCUGGGACCAUCGGGCGACGACGGCGGUCGCAGCGGGCGCGCCGCCGCCCAUCCGCCGGCCACGGACCCCUUUGUGGACGAGGAGGGAGAGCCGCCUCUGGGUCAAGAUCCCAAGGUCACCGAGCACCCCAUUCACAGAGCCAGAACUACUCACAGAUAUAGAAGCAUGUCUUACACUCGCGAAGAAGAUGCAAACCAGAUGACAACUGCUUCCUUGAGAACCUCGACCGAGCACACACCAGAUGAUGCGACUUUAGAGUCGACGCUUCCAACAGCCAUGGAGACAACAGGGAAUACAAGCACGAAUUAUAUUUCCGAGGACGCAACCACUAGUAAUACAAGUAGCACAGUUCAAGUUACGACGAGCGCUGCAAUGACAAAUUUAAGCAUGGAGGCCGCCGACCAAACAACGUCAUACACGGGAACUACUACGGAAGAGACAUUCAGCUUUGAUGUUGACAGCAGUCCGUCAUACGACGUCGUCUGCUACUUCAACCACACAAGUUACAAGCGAGACGAACCUAUGUCGUUUCGUACAGGGCACAUUCCCGUACCUUAUUGCAGCCACAUAAUCUACGACUCGGUAGGAGUCAGCGAAGAUUUCGAGCUCGUAGCGAAAGAUCCCGUAUUUGACGUCGAGCGAGGUGGCUUUACUAAGUUUGCGAGGCUGAAGAGCCGCUACCGACACGUGACCGUGAUGGUGGGGAUCGGCGAAGACAUUGGCGACUCAAAUGCUUUUGGCCACAUGUCGAAUCACAAGCCGGACGUCGUUACGUUUGCGCGGCACGUCGCGUCAUGGCUCCGCCAGCAUGACUAUGAUGGCGUCGUCCUCCAGUGGAAGAUGCCCGUGCAGCGCCAAGACGAGACGAGCAGCAGUGCGUCGUGGUUCAGGAAGAAGCUGCUUGUCGUAGCUGCAGCCCUUCGCGACUCCUUGGGCGCCAAGGCGGAGCUGUUCGUCGCCGUUCCCAACAACGAAGAGCUUCGCCAGGCGUACUUCAACGUCGCCGAACUGGCCCGUCAUGUCGACCGGUUCCUCGCCGUCAGCAACUGGGUCUUGCGCGACGUAGACGGCACAAAAAACCGAAGUGCCGCCGACAGAGUGGCCAAGGUGACGUCAUUUCCCGACCCGCUCACGGACGUUUUGCAGACGCGCCACUCUCUGGUCGGAGCGGGCAACGUGCAGUUGUUCCGCAAGUUCUGCUUCGUCCUUUCGGUCGGCGCCAGGAGCUACACGCUGCUUAGGUCGGGCCACCACGUCAUCCACGCUGCCGCGUCGGGGCCCGGGAAACCCGGACCGUACACUCGCCAGCCCGGUGUGUUGGCCUACUACGAGUUCUGCAACCAGACGUGGCUCACCACGGAGAAAGGCACGUUCGCCUCGUACGUGGCUCGCGACGACCAGUGGGUGGGCUACCUGGACGUGAGCAACGUUCAGCGCCUGCUGCGCAUGGCGCUCUACAAGCACCGAGCAGCCUGUCUUGGCAUCUGGGACGUGUCCCUGGACGACUUUCGCGGAGUCUGUGGCGAUGCGUUUCCCUACGUCAAGGCCAUCUCGGGGUGGCACGACCGAGAGUGGAAGCAUCGUCGUCGAGAAUUUGGCUCCCGCUCUAAUAAAUGAUGCCCAGGUACACGCGUCUCACGUUUAUUGCCUAGC